CCUGUAUCUUCAAUGAAGAUUUUCUUGUGAUCAAAGUUCAACCUAUUUAAAAAAAGUUUUUAUAAAAUCGUAUUUUUUGUUGAUCAAACGUAAUCCUAUCUGUUUCAAACCAUCAAUUUGGUAAAGGAAACGAUUUGAAGUAGAAAGUUGCAUAUUUGACAUUUUCCGAUAUGCAAAAAUAUAAAAACAGUAGGGAUUUAACAGACAGUUUGUAAAAGUCGCAAUCCUUUGAGACGUCAAUAGUUCUGACAAGGACGCAUAAUAAAAUGCAGCCUACUAACUUCCGGAAUCCGAUUCUGAACGAGCCACGAGUGUUUGGGGGUCAAUAUGGUCUAAACACGCCAGCGGGUGUUGUGGCAUCUGGUACACCACCUCCUUUGCCUCCGAGACCAGCAAUGCAACCAGCCGUAGGGGCUUACGGUAAUCGAUUUGGAGGACUUCCCUCCUACGGAUAUUCUGGGCUCGGAGGCGGAUACGGAGGUUUUGGAUCGUAUGGUGGCGGUGGCUUCGGUUAUGGAGGCUACGCUGGUGGAAUGUACGGGAAUAAUUACAACAUGGGGGCGAAUAUUUACCCAGAACACAGAUUUAUUCAACUUGCCGAGGAAAGCUCCCGACCAGCAUUCCAAAACAUUGAAUCUUUGGUAGGAGCCAUUGGCAACAUUGCCGCUAUGUUGGACUCCACAUUCUUCGCCUUGACAAGUUCUUUCAGAGCCAUUCUUGGAGUCGCCGCAAAUUUUGCUCAUUUGCGAGGAGUUUUCGCGCAAUUCUGGACGUCCUUUGCUCUAUUUAGAUGGAUCAUUUGGGCUUAUCGAAAAAUACUUUAUUGGCUUAGGAUAACAAAAACCGAUCCGGCAACUGCCAGUUUUAAGGAAGCCUUUAAAGCAGCAGAAGCAGACAAACUAGCGCCUAAGGCACAGAAGGGAUCCUCAUUACCAGUUGUAAUGUUCCUUGGAUUUAUAAUGUCGGCGCCGUAUCUGUUAAUGAAAUUGUUUGGCGGAAACAAUGCAAAUACUGAUGCAGCUAAAAAUCCUCGCAACUGGAACGAUGCACUUGAAGCUGUUGCGACCUACAACUUCGAUGCGUCGAGUGCAAACGAGCUAACAAUCCGAGCAGGUCAGUCUGUUCUCAUCGCACCCAGAAGUGUGCAGGAAGAGAAGAAUUUACUGAACACUGGCUGGGUGCUGGCGUCAGUAGACAACGAAGUAUCUGGCUUAAUUCCGGUAAGUUAUGUUCAGAGAUCUAAACAACAACAGCUACUGUCGAACGAGAACAAACCACAUUCCAGUGAAACAAAUCGGUUGGAGAGUGAAGCAUAAAAUUCUCUCAACAUCGUCUAAUUUGUGGGUAAGGGCUGUAUAAAUUAAUGAAACAACUUAUAUUAAAUGGUAGCAUUAGUACGAUGGAGAUUUAUUCUGGGUACAUUAAUUAAAUUAAUGUAAUUGUUCAUAAAAAAAACUUGCAAAAUUCUAAAUUCUGAUUUGAUCGUAAUAGCUAAUAUGGAAAAGCUCGUUUUUAUAAAUCAUUUCGCAACACAAUAUGUUUUGGACAUUUGAAUCUUUAAACUGCAUAGUCUAGUCUAUAUUGUAGGUUGGUGCAUGGUUUGUAUUGUGGACUUCAAUUUUAUCUGUUCCAAAAAAGAACAAUUUUUUUCCUAAGAAAUUAUAGUAUUUCUUUUGGUAGUCAUAUUAAAAGAAUUAUCUGUUGUGUUUCAUUAUUUGUGUUGUACAAAGAAUAAAAUUUGAUUAACAGUUAAAAA